GACAUCUGUGUUGCUGAAUAUUUUGCAAUUUGUUGAAUUAAUAAUGGAGACGUCAAAGAAGAAAGAUGUAGGUGGGAAGCGGUGUAUUGCGGCCGCCUUUAGCAACACAAACACAGCCGGUGUUUCCUUGUUUACAUUCCCGAAAGAUGACGGUGAAGCUUUACUCUGGAACAGAGCGGUCAAGCGAACAUGGUUCCCUACCACAUGUCAACCGGCAGGUUUCGGUGAGAAAAUUGUGGUAAUAAGUCGGCUCUUACCGUAGACAUGAGCGGAGAGCCUGCGCCGUUCCUCGUGCACCUGUAUGAUGUUGCGUGCGUUUGACGUCUCGGGUUGUAGCGGACAUUAUUUUCCAGGCCCGAUCCAAGCUAUAAGUAGUCUGCUUUAAUCGCAUAAUUACACAGUAUUUUAGACAUCUGUGUUGCUGAAUCUUUUGCAAUUUUUUCAAUUAAUAAUGGAGACGUCAAAGAAGAAAGAUGUAGGUGGGAAGCGGUGUAUUGCAGCUGCCUUUAGCAACACAAACACAGCCGGUGUUUCCUUGUUUGCAUUCCCGAAAGAUGACGGUGAAGCUUUACUAUGGAACAGAGCGGUCAAGCGAACAUGGUUCCCUACCACAUGUAAACCGGCAGGUUUCGGUGAGAAAAUUGUGGUAAUAAGUCGGCUUUUACCGUAGACAUGAGCGGAGAGCUUGCGCUGUUCCUCGUGCACCUGUCGAGGCAGUUGCGACUUUCUUGCCACCUCCGACUGGCCGCCCCCGAACGUGGGAUGCUUCCACCGUGGAGGAAGGGGGGAAAAAAUUCCCAGCCUGGCCCCAACGGCUGCCUUCGCUUCGCCUCAUCGAGAAGCGUGGCUUCCCUCAGAGACACUGGCGGUCACCACACCUGUGGCCACACCCCUCCGACUUUCAGACUUUAAAAGACAUCCUGUACGGAAUGAACAGCGUGACACCGGGAACGCUGUCAGUCUCUUUGGUUGCUAUGGCGACACUCAGUGCGGGCAAGAUGAUGAAUGAGCGCUUUAAAAAAAAAAGCUGCCCGCCGCCAUACCGUGGGAAGUUCUACUGAUUGCCUUGGCCACUGUCAUGUCCGUGCAGAUGGACCUGGCUAAACAACAUGCAGUCCAGGUGGUUGGAGACAUUCCCAGUGGCCUGUCCGCCCCCAUCCUGCCCUCCCUCUCCAAGGCCAGUGAGCUCUUCAUCCCAGCUCUGUCGGUCGCUGCUGUAGUCUUCAGCUUCCACACAGCCCUGGGAUCGGUCCUUGCACGCCAACAUGGCUACCACUUUGACUCCAGUCAGGACCUGCUGGCUCUGGGUUUGUGUAACUCCAUAGGAGCCACCUUCCAGUGUUUCGCUGUCAGCUGCUCCUUCUCACGCAGUACGGUGCAGGAAAGCAUCGGUGUCAAAUCCCAGGACUGGGAUGAUGUCAGAGAUGAUUCAAAACCAAAGAUUAUGAGGUCAAACACCUGAACGUAUAAAACAUCUUUCUUCUGGCAACAUGACGACGACGCCGUGGAGAAAACUUCCACAAAGUGGAUUUGAAGCUUGAGGGACUGCGCAGGAAGGAUUCAUUCAUCAUAGGUCAUGGCGGAGAGGAGACCAGCAAGCUAUCGGGUGCACAGAGACGUCCUCGAUGAAGAAGCCGUGGACAAGCUAGCGGAGAAGUCGGAAUCGAAAACAUCUGUGUGUGGCGAGAUCAAAAACUCACUGAGGUGUUCCGGCCCCAGAGCCAAGAGCUGCCUGCUGGGCAGCGUCCCUGUUCUGUCGUGGUUGCCUCGUUACUCCAUCAGAGUAAAUGCACUGGGCGACUUUAUCUCGGGACUCAGUGUGGGCAUCAUGCAGCUUCCCCAAGGUAUGGCUUAUGCCUUGCUGGCGGCCGUGCCUCCAGUUUUUGGUCUUUACUCCUCCUUCUACCCCGUCCUCAUCUACUUCAUCUUCGGCACAUCCAAGCACAUCUCCAUAGGCACGUACGCAGUCCUGAGCGUGAUGAUUGGCGGCGUGACGGAGCGACUCGCCCCAGAUUCAGACUUCGCGACGUGGGACAACGUGACCAACUCCAGUUCGGUGGAUGUCUUCGCGCGUGACGCGGAGCGGGUCAGAGUGGCCGCCGCCGUCACUUUCCUGUCGGGGAUUUUUCAGAUCCUGCUGGGUCUGGUCCAUUUCGGAUUUGUGGUGACCUACCUGUCUGAGCCGCUGGUGCGGGGUUACACCACGGGUGCCGCCACCCACGUCAUCGUGUCCCAGCUCAAAUAUACCUUUGGAAUCAGCCCUCUGCGAUACAGCGGACCUUUCUCCUUGAUCUAUACAGUGCUGGAGGUGUGUUAUCUGGUCCCACAGACCAACAUUGGCACGCUGGUGGUCAGUAUCGUGGCCAUUAUUGGCCUCAUUCUGGCGAAGGAGCUCAAUUCAUACUUAAGUAAAAAAAUACCCAUCCCUAUACCUGUGGAGCUGCUUGCUAUUGUCAUAGCAACACUGGUGUCCUGGCAAGUUAACCUCCAGGGAAAAUAUGGAGUGGAUGUGGUUGGAGAUAUUCCCUCAGGCCUCCAGCCGCCUGUUUUACCGACUACUUCCCUCUUCGGGAAGGUGAUCGGGGACGCCUUCGCCCUGUCUGUGGUUGGCUACGGCAUCGCCAUCUCGCUGGGACGCAUCUUUGCACUCAAGUAUGGAUACAAAGUGGACAGCAACCAGGAACUGAUCGCCUUGGGUCUCAGUAACUCCAUUGGGGCAGUUUUCCAGUGUUUUGCCAUCAGUUGCUCCAUGUCCCGCUCCAUGGUUCAGGAGAGCACAGGAGGGAAGACACAGGUUGCUGGGGCUCUAUCAGCCGUCGUUAUUCUUUUCAUUACCCUCUGGAUCGGAGCUCUCUUUGAAGAACUGCCCAAGGCAGUUCUGGCUGCCAUCAUCUACGUGAACCUGCACGGUAUGAUGAAGCAGUUCCUGGACAUACCUGCUUUGUGGGCGACCAACAAACUAGACAUGGUGAUCUGGGUCAGCACUUUCAUCCUCACCGUGCUGUUCAACCCUGACCUGGGACUGGCCGCCGCCAUCGGCUUCUCGAUGCUUACGGUCAUCUUCAGGACACAGCUACCCAAGUACUCAGCACUAGGUCAGGUUCCAGACACAGAUAUCUACAGGCCUUUGGAGGACUAUGGUCAGGUGAAAGAGAUUCCUGGUAUUUUGAUUUUCCGUUCGUCUGCAACGCUGUACUUUGCAAAUGCCGAGAUGUAUCAAGAUGCUCUGGGAGAGAAGUCCGGCGUUGAUAUCACCAAAAUCCUGUCGGCAAAGAAAAAACUUGAGGCCAAAAGGCUGAAGCAUGAGAAGAAACGAGCCAAAAAUGCUGCCAAAAAUGGAGAAACGAGUUGUGUGCAACAGGAGGAAGCUGAGAUGGAGAAGUAUGUGGCCAACAUUCAGGUGGAGGCUGAGCGGGAUCCCACACUGCCCAGAGCCAUCAUCCUGGACCUCAGUCCUGUCAACUUCUUGGACACUAUGGGGGUCAAGACCUUGCGUGCGAUUGUCAAAGACUACGGGCAAAUUGGUACCUUUGUGGCGCUCGCUUCUUGUCAAAGCGGCGUGGUGGAUAAUCUGCAAACUGGCGGUUUCUUCAACGACAAAGUGACAAAGUCUUGCCUCUUUGCCAGCAUCCAUGACGCCGUGCUUCACUUUCAGGCGGACCUGACGCUCAACCACGACAAGGAGGCCCAAGCCACACAUUUUUAAGUUGUGGACAACAUAAAGAAGAAGGUGGAAGGACCGAGCUCAUUUGCACACAUGAAUGCAACGAGACUAAUGGAAAGUCAUGGAAUAUGUCCUGCAGACACACAGCAUGAAGGUGGGGCCCAAGCACUGCAACGCCACUGAAAAAACUUCAAACACGACCCUCAGACGGUCAGAAAGUUCACCAAAUCUAUCUCAGGUUAGUUUCUAGCAGGAAAUUAGCUGACGGAGACAAAAAAAAAAAGGGCAGGACAGGAAAUGAACGCAACGUGUGACUGGAGACAGGAAGUGUCUUCAGGAAACAUCUUUGGAAGACAACAAGAACAAGUACAUGUUGUUGAAGGCACAAAAGCUACUAUUUAAAAUCAUUAUUACAGUAUUUAUGGCGGUUUUUCGACUUUUUUUUACAAUGGUCCUUAUUGAUGUUUUCUAUUUACAACUCAGUCAAAUGAUCCAUGUAUAAAUCAACAGUUUUUUUUAUACAAACAUUCAACUCAAAAUACCUUUUUGACUUCAUGGUGUCAUGACCUGUCUAGUUUGGGGUUUUGGGUUUAAUUCCUGUGUUCUGGUUUUAUAACGGGAUCUAAUGCAACACACCCCGGUUGUUAUUUUUCGGGUUGUUGAAUGUGAUGCCUUUUGAACGAUCACAUGCAACCUCAACCCUAACCAAAACCCUAACUUCUUUACAGUAGUUUUAAAAAAAUGUAUUUAUGUAUUGUCUCUGUAGUUGCACUGCCGUCGUCGUCACAUUAAUACAAUUGUUAGCCUGGGCUGAUAGUCGAUAAAUAGAAACAGUAAAUGAAAAUAAACUCAACUGGAGAGCCAA